AUGCUCGCGGAGAAGCUGGAGCAGCACAAGGUUGCUGCGUGGCUGGUGAACACCGGCUGGACUCGAGGCUCCUUCGGAAGUUCCGAAGGCAGCAGAAUUGCGCUGAGACACACGAGGGCCAUUGUGGACGCUAUUCAUGAUGGCAGCCUCGCAAAGGCCGAGUACGAGGAAAUGCCGGUGUUUCGGCUGCGGGUUCCCCGGGAGGUUCGGGGGGUGCCCUCGGAGCUGCUGCUGCCGCAGCGAGCUUGGAAAGAUAAAGAAGAAUUAGAAAGACAAAUAAAUAAAUUGGCAAAUCUUUUUGUCGACAACUUCAAACAGUACGCAGAAAGAGCGCCUCCCGAGGUCCUCCGCGCGGGCCCGCUGCUCCCGGAGGCCCCCUAA